UCAGUGUCUGCCUGUCUAACUGCUCAGCACUCAGCAGGAGACGACAUUUAGCUCGUCGCUGAACAGAAACGAGCGGAUAUUGUUGGGAUGGAUGGACUAAGUGAGCAGUUAUCGCCGUGAGACUGGCGCUAAUUUGGACGUCCUGAGCAGCAGGUGUACUGAAGGAUAAAGCAGACUAAAGGCAAUCUCAGUGUUCAUGAAACUUUGCUACGAUUUACGUGCUGGGGUUGCCGUCCGCCAUGUUAAGGUAAAGCCCAGGUGUGCGGUGUUGACCAUGCUAAAGCGCCUGGACAAAAUCCGCUUCCGGGGCCCCAGGACGAGAGACGACUUCCCGGACCUGGCCGAGUCGCCACCCGCCUCUGACAACGAAUGUAGCGAUGACGUACAGCUGAAGCCCAGGGCAGCUCUGCGAGAAACAGAGGACCUCCUGCGAGACCCUGCAGGUUCAGGGUCUCCCACCAUGGCUGCGGCCAUCCAGGAGUUCCAGAGGUCGGAGUCAGACCGACUCAAUGAAGUCAAAGGUCACCUGGAAAUUGCCUUACUGGAGAAACAUUUCCUCAAGGAGGAGCUGAGGAAGCUGCGGGAAGAGACCAAUGUGGACUCCCUGCGGCAGGAGCUGGAGAGGGAGCGAACCAAGAGGAUAGACCUGGAGCAGAAGAUGAAUGAGGUGCUCAAAUCCAGGCUGGAGGACUCUCCACCACAGCCUCCCCGAAAACAGCAGUCGCCCUCAAACAAUGGAACAGAUAAACAGCAGAAGGAGGUGUGGAGUUCGCGGCUGCAGAAGUGGCUCUACGAGCGCUUCGGAGUUUACAUCGAAGACUUCCGCUUCCAGCCGGAGGAAAGCACCGUGGAGACCGAGGAACCGCUAAGUGCUAAAAGGUUGACAGAGAAUAUGAGGCGACUCAAGAGAGGAGCCAGACCUGUCACCAACUUCUUAAGGAACCUCUCCGCCUUAUCUAACUGGCACUCCGUCUACACCUCAGCUAUUGCCUUCAUUAUCUACAUGAAUGCUGCUUGGCAUGGCUGGGCCAUUCCCAUGUUCCUCUUCCUGGCUAUCCUGCGAUUGUCCUUAAAUUACCUCAUUGCCAGAGGUUGGAGGAUCCAGUGGAGCAUUGUGCCUGAGGUCUCUGAACCCAUGGAGCCUCCAAAGGAAGACUUGACUGUGUCUGAAAAGUUCCAGCUUGUACUUGAUGUUGCACAAAAAGCACAGAACCUUUUUGGUAAAAUGGCGGAUGUUUUGGAGAAGAUAAAGAACCUGUUCAUGUGGGUGCAGCCGGAGAGCACCCAGAAACUUUACAUCUGCCUGUGGGUGACUUUCAUCACCUCCUGCGUCCUGCCAUACAAGCUGAUGGGCUUCAUGAUCGGCCUGUACGCCGGCAUCAAGUUCUUCAUUAUAGACUUCCUGUUCAAGAGUUGUCCGAAGCUGCGGGACAAGUACGACACACCUCACAUCGUGUGGAACAGCCUGCCCACCGACCCACAGCUCAAAGAGAGGACCAACGCCACUGUGUCGCGGCGGGUUCAGCCGGUGGUCUCUCGCAGCAGCCUCGCCACCGUCCCAUGUGGGGUGAGCAGGGAGGAGGAGACGGGUCGCUCCCACAGCACCAAGAAGGGAGCUUUUCAUGAGAUCUUCAAUCUGCCAGAGUCAGAGCGCCCUCUGGCGGUGUGUGAGAACGGCUGGAGGUGUUGCCUGAUAAACCGAGACAGGAAGAUGCCCACAGACUACAUCAGGAACGGCAUGCUUUACGUCACAGAGAAUUACCUGUGCUUUGAGAGCUCCAGCUCCAGAUCCAGCUCCUCCAAAAAGAAUAAAGUUAUCAAGCUGGUAGACAUCACUGACAUACAAAAGUAUAAAGUGCUGUCAGUCCUGCCAGGAAGUGGGAUGGGCAUCUCCAUAGCCACUCCUUCCACUCAGAAGCCAUUGGUGUUUGGUGCCAUGAUCCACAGAGAUGAGGCUUUCGAGGCCAUCUUCACACAGUACAUGAAGAUCAUGACCACCACCAAACCACCAGCCGCUGCAGAGCUCUAGACAGCCUGCAUCCCUGCAGCACAUCUCUGUACUGGGGUUAAAGUCUGUGGCAGAGAGCCUCCUGAGUUUCUACUGGACUGGAAGAUACUUUCAAAGACCACACUCCUCUGCUCUGCGAGAUCCUCCUCCUCCUCAUGUGAUGGGCAUCAGCUUCCUCAUUGAUGGUCGUGGGCUGCAUUUGAUUGGUGGCUUCCCUGUUUAGGCCACAUCAGAGGGGAUGUGAGAGUGUAAUUGAGAUUUAGUCACAUAACAUACGUUUUGUGGGUGUUGGACAAUUGGACAAAAUCAGGAGCGAGGAGCUGAAGUGUGGUUUUUAUCAAUCAGCAGAAGGCUGGUGAGGGGGCUGGUUUACCUCUCCCACCUGACCUGACCAACUGACUGGCUGACUGGUUUCCUGACUUACUUGUUUCUGUGUUUGCAUGUUUGAGCGUGUGUGUGUGUAUGGAGGUGAAUUAAGGUCUUAAAUUGCGUCAAGUGGCUCGAUUUUUCUCAUUAUUCCUCAGUCAGUGGUUUGCUGUUGUCGGAAGAUUUCAAGAAGUGCUCGAUCUGGCUGUAAAAUGAAGCUCAUAAAACAACUAAAAGAUAAACAAAUAAUUCUUUAACUGCCAGACAUCUGUAGGAACAAACAUGUAAGUUUAGCUUUAUAAAUCAGUGCAAAAAUGAUGUUAAUGUUUAGACAUUAAACUGGCUGAUUGGUGCCUCUAGGCACUGCCCAACAAAAUUAUAGGAGUAUUCACGUAUGAGUGAUCAGUGAUAGUGUUUUUUAAAAUCUGUAUUAGCUGUGAAAAUGUCAGAUCACCAUUUGACUGACACAGAGCCUUUCUGUUAGUUUACAUUGCUGCUGUCUAACUUCUGGAUUUCCCCUCUUCUUUCUAGAGUCACAUUUCAGCAGCGACAGUAAGUUUUACUCAUCUUUGUCGAUCCCAACAAACAGAAAAUGUACGCUGCGUUCAGCAUCAUCCGCUUCAGUGUUUGUAAGUGUGCGUAUGUGAAACGUGUAGUCGACAGCUUUUUCAAAAAUGCCUUUCUUUUGGAAAAUGUCUUUUUUUUUUCUCUCUCUCUCUCUUAUUUUUGUCUUUGUAACAAACAGCCUUUGGGAUGAGUAACUGGCGGUCCUGUAGUUGCUGGUUGUGUCUGACACGAGAGCACAACACCGACUGCCGUUUGGAGUUGUGGCACAGAGGAGAACAUAGCCUCCCAUGUCUAAGCUUCUCUUUUCAAGGCACAGUCUGUACAUAUGUAGUGAGAUGUUCUUUUCUCUCCGACAAUGGUAUUCCUCCUGCACUUUAUUAGAACUGGAAUUCCUGACAUUAAUGUUGCAGCAAAUAGACUUCAAACGCUCACUACUUCAGCUGGAGUCUAUGGUCAGUGUUGCAGAUAAAGGUAUUUUUCUUUUGUCUGGCUACUUGAGCCCAGCACCGGCCAUAUCCUGCUGGUGGCAGUGCAGCACAAACGCAGUCUGAGCACACUGUAUUAAUGCCGAAUUGAUGUCUGCCACGGGGAGGGUGUUAUUGUGAGUCAGACGACCUUCAGACUGACCAUAAAAGAAGAAGGUACUUUACCUUGAUAAUGGAACCACUGGCAGAUUACUUUCACAUCACUGCCCCUCACACAUCAAAGUGUUGAGGUAUUUCAGCCUUUAAAAUAUAAAUCAUCCAAGACCAGUGGAGAAAUAUUCAUUAAACAUGUCUUCUUCUGAUUGGGUAUUCCCACUUCCAUAAAUACCAGCUGGUCAGGCUGUUUGAGGUUAGAUAAGCAGUAACAAAUUCUUGAUUUACUUACGCGAGUCCAUUUUUCAAAUCCAAAAACCAGGAUUAUGAGCUAUAAAGACAUGCCUCAUUAGUUUCUUUUGUUUGUUUGUUGUUUUUGUUUAUUUGUAAUGCCACAGUGAGUAGAGAGUCAUCUGGGUGACUUCCACUCUCUUCCACUUGUUCCAGAUCUUCUAAAUGUAGUUUUUUCUCUUUUUUUUUUUUUUUUUUUUUUUAAAUGGUAGUCUAUGAAGUAUAUGGAUAGACGUCUUGACUGAACAGAAUAUUUCAACGUCACUUUAUUUUAAGACACCAUUUGCAAGAAUAAAGCUGGUCUUUGCUCUGGCAGAAUGGUUUGAUAUGUAGAAAUAUAAUGCCAAACUACAUGAGACACUUUACCGUGUUUUGUAAGAUGAAUGGAGAUAGGGUACAGGACUGGAGGUCGUGAUUUCUCUUCACAUUUAAUACGAGAGACAAAAGAGUAGCUAAUCCACUCUCCCAGCUCCCAUUCACUGUAUGCCCAGCAGCACAAGCUUUAGUUUUCUUUUAAGUCUCACAAAACACUGUUAAAAGGGAGACCUUGACAUUUGAAUAUUUACUUUUAUUCUGGGUAUUUUUACUCACUGGACACUUCUUUCCAUGUUAACAAUCCUUGAUCACACUUCUCACCAUAGGCCAAGAAAACCGGAGGAUUAUUUUCAGUUAUCAGCCCUUUAGAAUUGCUCCCGGACUUAAAAUGUCAAGGUUUCUCUUAAAGUCUAUACAAGUCCUCUUGUCAUCAUUAUUAAUUAGAAUCAACUGGACUGGAUAUGAAGUUGCCAGAGAUGCAAUGGACCAGUUCAAACAACCAUAUUGAUAUUGUUUUUAGUCCAAGCUAAUUAAGGAUGUAUAUUUUUCUUUGACAUGCAUUUGUAUGCUUUGGCCUGCUAUUAAUAGGCUGCCUUUCCAGACAUGGAUUUCUAUUUUUGUUUAGGAAUAAAUUUGAUCCAUGAAGGAGGGAAACCUGUCGGAUAUUAGAGCAGGUGAAAUCAGUACAGUAAUUAACGCUGUCUCACUGUGUGAUUGGAUGGCUCUUUGUAGUCUUAAAGCUUUUACCUGAAGCCUUUUGUAAUCUGUUAACUCUGAAAAUCAGCUCUCGGGGGUUUGCAGACCCUGACAAGGCUGCACUCAGAUAAAGCACAGAAUGUAUCACGUUUAAAUUUUGUUUUUUCUUUUGCCAAAUCCUUAAAUUUCUGUCUGCCAUAUUCUGCCUACGCUCAUGUUUACAGAUGGUUGUAAAAUUAUUUUGUUGUUUUUUUUCUGUCGUUUUUUUAACAACCCAGUUUGAAUUCCUAUGACUCUGGAGUUAUGAAGACUGGACGGCUACACUGUUCUUGAAUUAAUGUCUCAGCUCUCAUUUGAUCUGCACCACUCAUAUGACUAUCUCUGCUCAUCUUUAACCAAUAAAAAACUCAAAUCAUAGUGACAGCAGGAGCAGUAUUUUAAACCUCACAUGUAAAUUGUCAUAUCCAACAUCACAUUACUUGGUUACAGUGUAGUGUAAGUUGCAGUAAAACACCAGAUUCACAGGCUUCAUACAGAGCAGAGAUGGUCAUGGUGGACUGAAAUGGCAACAGUAGUGUUUUUGACAUUUAGUUUGUCCAUUGUGACUUGAUGCACCUUUUGAAGAUUGUAAAGAAGAAGUAAAAAUAGAACAAGAGUUGGAUUCCCAAUGUUUUUAAAAAUGAAAUAAAAUGUAUGCACUCAUAGUACUGUAAGACACUUUGGAGGGAAGUGUCAAGCAAAUGGCUUAAAGAAAUAGUUUGAAAUCUUGGAAAAUAUGCUUUCUUGCUUUCUUGUUGGGAAUUAGAUGAGAAGAUUGAUACCACUUUCAUGUCUGUUCGCUAAAAAUGAAGCUAAUGCCAACAGCCGCUUAGCCUAGCCGGAUUUUGUUGCUGCUUUGGACAGUGGAAAGGAAAGGAGUAGCUGUUUCCAGUCUGUAUGCCAAGCUAAGCUUUUUUUGGUUUCUUUCAAAGAUAUCUAAGUGAGUGUAUCAUCUUUCAAAUGCACAUUAGGAGGUACAUCACUCAAUAUAGUACACAUUAACGAGUUAAACAACAGUUACUUUGAGGGUACUGGUAGUAGCUUCAUAAUUAAUCGCUUUGCUCAUUCAAAUUGUGAAGUUCACUUCAGUUAAAAAUUAAAAGAUCAAAUGCACAUCCUUACAUACAUCAGAAGUCUUGACCACAGCAUUUCCAAUUACUGGUCCUAAUUGGCACAGGUGAUGCAGAUGGGAGGGGGAACCAACAGCACCUCCGAGGGUCCGCAAACUACACUUCAUGAAAGAUUCGCGACUGAAGCAGUCUUGUGAUGACACUCUGCUCUGCAUUCCACCAAGUGACAAAAAUUGACGGUCAUUUGGUUCACCCUGACCAAGCACAGACAUACCCACACAUUUCUUUGUUCGGGGACAGGCUGUACAGAGUGAGUUGUGACACUCACUGAAGGUGUAAUCACCUAAUUCUUGGUGCCACUGGGAAAUGGUUUUCCAGGCGGCUUAUUACAACCCAAAGGCUGGCCACAUGGGGUACGACAAAACACUAGACCGGAUAAUGCAUCAAGUCUAUAGGCCUGGCAUUCAGAGAGCUGUACAUUGCUGGUGUGCCUCUUGCCCCAAAUGCCAACUGGUUAACCAACCAGCUGUAUCAAAGGCGCCUUUGUGCCCAUUGCUGUUAAUUGAAGUUCCAUUUGAGUGUGCUGUUACCUCUUCGGGCCAUUUCACCAGAAUGCAUGAGGAUACCGUUUCGUUUUAGUCCUGGUGGACAACACAAUGCAGUGCUGAAGCCAACAGGCACUGUUUCAGGUUGUUUCCAGAGUUGGAAUCCCAAAAGAAAUUCCAACUGACCAGGGCACCUCAUUCAUGUGGAUAUUAUAGGAGCUUGAUGGAUUAUUAGGCAUCAAUUCGGACUAGUGUGUACCACCCACAAAGUGAUGGUUCCGUCAAACCUUUGUGGUCACACGGUGAGCAGGCAACAUUGACAAUGAGAUUGUGUGUUCUGACAGGGGCGGGGCAACACAGAUUUACCACCUCAACCUCCUAAAAGUAUAGAGUCCGGUUACUAUGGUAAAGGAGAAAGAUGAGUUAGGGCCCAUAGUGCCAAAUCCCACCAAUCCAAUAUUGCUCCUAUGUGAUAGUCAUCUCUCAUUGUCCCAGAAAACACAUGUUGCUAUGUUGCAGCAGCAUUUUGCUGACGUGUUUUCCCCCUUACCAGGACACACAAACUCAUGCCUAGUCCACGUGGGCAUUUUUUGCAGUGUAGCUUUUUCUAUGCGUUCUUCCCUUUCUUCCAUGUGCAAAAUGCAUUUUAGGUCCCUGAAAACAGACCUUUUGCAAAAAUCCCUCCAGGGUGAAGAUGAAACACCAUUUUUCAGUGUUGAUGUGUAGACAAGGAAAAUAGGGGUAGGCGAGGCCAGCCCAUGUCGGGCAGUGGCCAUAUGUGGUAGUGGUGUAUAUGGGCUCAGCUGCAGGGGAACAGUGGUAUCAGUCUUCACGUGUUACUCUCUGCAAGAAAACCAAAAAGCUUAUUCCCCAAAAUGUUGAAAUAUUCCUUUAAUGUCAGAUGAAUGGUCAGCUACAUGAUGACUGCCAUACUGUGCAUAUUGCUACUGGUGAAUGAUACAGAACAGUUUGAGGAUGUUACUGCUGUCAUAAUCACAGGGACUUUGUCAAACACAGUGUUGUCUUUUCAAGGUCCCCUUCAUUGAAGCUGGUGUCCUCGCUGUUGUAUUAAAUAUGUAGUUUCUCUAACUGUGUGUAAAUGUUAAUUAAGGGUUUUCCAAAAGCAUUUCAACAUCCAAGUGAUCUACAUUGAGUGUACAGUACACCAGAGUUCCUGUCUCAUUUUGGACAACUUAACUGUCUCAAGGCUGCGAAACAGCCUUAAUCUGACAUUAUGACUGAAGUAAAUUUCAAAGCUUAAAUAAAUAAAACAUGUCAAGGAUUCUGUCCUAUUUUAUGGACUGAGACAGUAGUCAUUGUAUUUGGUACAGUCAGUGAAUUGCAAAUUAAAGCCCAAGUGUCACUGGGAAACACUGCAAUCAUAAUGAGUAAUUAAUUUGUUAUCUGUGACAGUCACUAUGUUUUUUUUUUUCUUUUUGUCAAAGAGGAAUUUGUAUACAAAUUAUUGAAAUGUACAGUGAAGAAAACAAAAAAACCACUGAGUUUUUAAAAGACAUGUCUAUUGUAAAGGAUAAUGUG